CUGCGCGGCCGCGCUGCGGCGGCGCCGAUGCUGUCGGUGCCGGUGGCGGGCACGGCGCGGGGCGCGGGCUCCCUGCCCCGCCGGCGCACCAUGUGCAGCGGCGUCGGCUGCUUCUGGGCGCUGCUCUCCGCCGGCCUCCUGGCUGCCUGCGCCGCCGCCUUCCUCUCCCCGGCCUGGCUCCUGCCGCCCGGCCGCGCCGCCGCCGGCUUUGGCUUGCUCUGGCGCUGCACCGGGCCGCCCCGCAGCUGUCACGGCUCUACCGGCCCCGGCGGCUUCGGAGACAUCCCCUCGGGCUCCUGGCAGACAAGUGCCGUGCUGUGUGCAGGUGGCUGUGCCCUGCUGGCCCUCAGCUCACUGCUGGCCAUCGUCGCUGUCCUGCUGCCUGGUGGAGCCUGUGAGAAGAGAGUCUGCACCCUAGCUGGCUACAUGCAGACAGCAGCAGUGUUCAUAAUGGCUUCUGGGCUUUUGGUUUACCCUUUUGGUUUCAACUCUGCUACUGUGAAGAGAUUCUGUGAGAAUUCAGACAUCUACUAUGCAGGAGACUGCCAGAUUGGAUGGGGGUAUAUGCUGGCAAUUGUUGGGGUCAUGUUGUCUGUCUUUUUACCAUUCUUUGCAAAAUAUGCACCAAAAGAGCACAUAUCUCCAACUCCAAUACCUACUAUUUUAUAGUAUUUUAUUACUGUUUAAGAACAGAACAUUCCUGUCUACAGGCAAUGGGCAGAAAUUCUUAUAGCACUUCCAUUUAGCUGUAUUGCUAAAGAGAAAAAAGGAGAUGGGGAAGAGAAGGUCAGAAUCACAAAGACCAAAAGUGCAUUGAUAGUCUUCCGUAAGUAUGAGCAGCGAACACUCUGGAAUUGAAGAUUAAUCAGCAGCUUUUAUACUGCUCUAAACAUACAGUGGCAUAAUGCCUUAGACAAAACCAAUCUGUUUAUCCUCAAAACAUCUGUCUACCUCCCAGUUUCUUUUGUGUCUCAAACUUGUAAGUCUUUUAAAAGUUUCAGUUCACUUUUUAUAUAUUAUUGUCAAAACUUUUAUGAACCCAGUAAUUUUAAAGUCAGUAAUGGUAUUUUGUUACAAUUAUUUUGAUUAGUGAAAAAGCACCUGCUAGGAGCCACGGCCUAAAAUUAAGCUGAGUAUCUAAAAGGAAUUGUAUACAAGAAAAAGAUUUCGUUUUAAUCUAUGUAUAUUACUAGAACCUGCAUAUUGCAAGUUGCCAGCACACUUUUUAAUACUUAUCUAAUAUUCAAGAUAUAGUCAUCUUCAUGAAGACCUGCAUAAAAUUUAAUUACAUUUUUUCAGAGAGAGAGGUAUCUGACUACUUCCAAAGGCUUCAUGAUGGUUUAAUAGUUUAACAAUAGGGAAAAAGAAUUUGUUUUCUGUAUUUCUUAAAUUAUCAUUUAGGUGAACUUUACAAAAUUAUUUGAACUAUUUUAACUGAAGAUUUGGGGUUUUGUUGUAUGCUUCUUAAGGCUGAAAAGAAAAAUCUGUUUAUGAAAAUGCCCGACGGCCCUUAUGUGUAAUGAAAAUACAAGCCAGAAUGAACUAGAUUCUAAUAUUUCAAUUUCUAUUAAGAGCCCACUAUUGUAAAAAACAACCCCAAAAGUGAAAUGCUACUGAACAUGAUUAAUAAGAAUCUCAUGCUGUGUCAGAAUCUGUAAAUGGCCAUAUUUCAUGAGUUUGUAUGUGAAUUUUGUGAAGUUUGAUUUUCACAAUAGCACUGAAUUCAUUACUAUCAAGCACUGAAAUAAGUGCACUUGAUUGCCUUAAGCAAAAGAAACAUUGGGUUCUAAUCUCACCCCACUGUUAGGUUUUUCAUUUAAAUUAAAAUUGAAUUCUAGUUCUAUGUUCUUUAUUUUCUAUUAUUUAUUUAAAAAAAAAAGAAAUAAUCACAUAGAUUAUAUUUAAUUCAGAGCUGUACUUCUUAGUUUUGUAUUUUGGCACAAACCAAGUGAUCAAAUUUAUUAUUCUUCACUUAGCUGAGUCCAACUGAUUCCUGAAUUUAUUUUUUUUCUGAAUGAAAAGGGUACAUGAAGGGACAGACAGAGACACGUUGAGGAUGUGUAAGAAAACUCGAACAGAACAAUCACUGUGUUUUAAUAAAUGUCAAAGACUUCUGCAGCCUUGUUUACAUUCCUCACCCUUCUAAACUUCAAUGGAACAUUGCAUUGUUUUCCAAAGCAAUUGUCUGUUGUUACACUUGUAUGCACUCUAAAAGCAAAUCCUGUAUGUAAAAGUAACAAGUUCCAAUAUUCAUCUUUGAAAGUGAGAUUUCAGUGUGGAAUUAAGUACACUGAGAGAGAGAGCACAAGCUAUGUGGGUUUUCUUACAGUGACUAAGGAAUUAGAUCUUCCACAUAGUUAACAAAAUAGGUUGAAGGAAUGCCACUAAAGUAAGAAUAAAUUUCAGUCACUUCUGUAUAGUAGUGUACUUUUCAGUAAUGUCAUUUUUUUUAAUGAAUGGCUGAAAUUGAUAAUGUUCAUAAAAGAGUCAGAAAAGUGAUGAAUAACAAACAUGUAAAGAGAAAAUAAUCAUCGUGAAGUAGAGAGACGGAGAUGCAGGCUUUUCAUUCCUAACCAACCUGUGCCUUUACUGUAGGACCAUUAUACAAGACAGGAUCAAUAUGGUUAAAAAAACCCAACAAUCAACCAACAACUGGAAAAUGUUGAAUGAUGUGUAUAACUGUAUUAUGUAGGGGGUUUCUGUUUUGUGUAAUGUUUACGACUGUUCACUUACUGUUUCACUAGAAAAAGUGAUUUGUUAGUGUAAAGUAGAAAAUUUUUCUGCAAAGAUGUAAACACAGAAAGUAAAAUUAUUUUAGAUUUUUAUUAACAGCCAUUAACAUAUCUAACAGACCCAGAUGACCUAUUCCUGUCAUAUCUUUCACAUGUGCAGAACUGGACCAUCAAUCAGACAACUGAAAUCAGUAGGACUGCAUCACUGAUGCCACACACAGAUGCUCGCAGGACUGCUCCCAUAGCUGCAGCUUCCUUUGUAGCUUUAAAUUACUGUUACAGUGGCGUCUUACAAUUUACAACACUGCUGUACCAAAUCCUUUACUUCUUAAAACAACUUCUUCUGUUGUGAACAUUGUUCAGCUUUACAUCCUUUUAUAAGUUAAGCUAAUGCUUCCAUUUGGAACUUUAUUUUAUAAUAUAUAAAGGAAAUCAAAUAUAUGUAUAUGACCUCUAUAACUGGAUAGACAAAACUCCCCUUGAAACACCCACACUCAGAACCAGCUUAGCACAGAAGGAAGAGAUGAUAAUACAAGUGAUUCUUAAGCAGUUAGUAAAGCGCAUACUUUAAAUCCUCAACUGGAACCUUGAGGGGGGUAUUGCUAACCACACAUGCUAACACUGACAGAUCACUUUUUUAAAUAAAGACUGUCUCCGUGUUAAACUGUGUAAAGGCGUUUUUCUGUUAGAAGUCAAAUGGUUUACUGGACCAGGUUCAAGUUUUAUUCUAAAUACAUAAUUUUUUAAGUGUAACUAAAGGCUGUAUUUUCCAUUAAUGUGUUUCUGCGUUGACUAGCUGGCUCCUUUUUAGAAUAUUAACUGUUUUCUGUAUUUGACUUGUUGGAUACAAUAUUUCAAUUAUUUUAAUUGUGAAAUUUCCAACUGCCAACACUGUAUAAUAAAAUAAAUUUAAAAAAAUA